GAGGUGCAGUCGACGUUUCAGGCCGAGACCCUUCGUCAGGACUAACUGAAGGAAGAGAGACCAGAGGAAAGCAUAACAAUACUGAAGGGAAAGGAUCUUCUUGUAACUUGAUGUUUGAAGAAAAAAGAACUUGCUUGCAAACCAAGGAAGAGCAAUAUGAAGCCCAAAAAUAUUGACGAACAAGAAAUUCCAUUCAAACUCCGUGAGAUAAUGAGAAGUAAAGAGGAAUUGAAGCGGAAGAUGAAAAAAAGGAAGCCAAAACCAGAAAAGCCAAAAAGGACAUCUGCUUUAGGAGGCUCAGAUCCGCAUGGGGAUGUACGGGUUCCGAAGUUUAAGAGGAAGAAACGGGAGUCAGUGAAAAAUUACAUUCAACGCAUGGAGCAGGAGGCAAAGCACGUAAUAUUCAUGAGCGAAAAUCAGCUGCCACGUUAUCCUGAGAUGGAGGACAAGGGGAAAGAAAAGGAUAGCCAUGUGAAAUCAAAGUCUGAGAGGAAAAAAGAAUCUGAUAAGAAAAGGUUGAGAAGACUUGUUGGUAAGAAAAUUGAACGAAAGAUGAUGAAGCAGGAGAAAGAAAUGUUUACAGAUAUUGUGCCAUUUGGGGAAGUAGCCAUGCAACCGCCCACCCUCACUGCUAAACCCAGGAAGAGCCAGACUGCCGAUAAGCCCGGCGGAAGACAGUUGCUUCUGAAGUCUCUGAUUGGUGACAGCAAGUGUGGCUCAGAAAGGACAAAGGUGAUCUCCCCAGAUGUUGAGUUGCCCAGAAUGUCGAUGGCUCGCCAGAGGAUUAUGCUGGAGGAGCGGGAGAGGGUCAUCAAGGCCUAUAGAGCUUUGAAGAAACAGAAAUUACAAGCACUGGCCCAGAACUAGUUCAGUAUGGAAAAGCAAAAGGUGGCAAAUGAGAGGAUUUUUCAGAGAAGCAUUGUUUCCCGACAUUGUUACUGUAUGGAAGAAGGCCUUUCAGCCUGUUGAGGUCUACCUGCUCUUUACAAGAGCAAACCAGUGAGUCUUACUCUGAAUGGAUGCUGAACUUUAAUGAAUGACAGCUAGUUGAAAAGUUCAGCAAAUAAUCAAUCCUCAAGAGCUUUUGAGCCUUAAGGGUUGUGGAUUUAUGCUUAUAAUUGUCAGUGUGUCCGACUACAUGAGAAAAAAAGUACAUGGUUAGGAAAUUACAGCCCACAUUAGUUUUGAGGAAUCCAUGAUUAUGAUUAAUGACUCAUUUAAUAUGUUCUUAAAUUGGUUGCUGUUCCAUGCUCUGACUUUUCAUCUCAUCUAAAUUUUGGAUUUAUACUGCACCUUUUUUUUUUAGAAAAGUGUUUAAGAUUGCUUAGAGGUAUCAAGUCAAUAUAUGGACCUGUGCAGAUGUGGAAAGCACUGAGAAAUAACAGUGAGUAUUGCAAAUUGUAUUUGGACAUAACAAAAUCCACUGCAAACUUCAAAAUGUGAUCCAAGCCAAACAUUAGCGUAUCAGGCUUGGCCACCUGUGCUGUUAUUACUCUCAUUUGCAAGCACACUUAUCAGUUGUGUUCCAUUGACUUUUAUGUAGCUGUCUGGAAGAAUUUUGCAGAUCGCUCGUGUUUUAAAAAAGGGUUAUAUACCUCUGUUCUCUUUGGUUAGAGGGGGGACAACUAUUUGUAAUAGUUUCUAAUGAAGGCACAUGAGUAGGGAUGCAAUUUCUCCUGCAAAAAAAAAAAAGAAUGUCUGGUAAUCAUUUAAAUUGAAUGAUUUGUGUUUUGAUAAACAGUAACACUCUUGUAAAUCUAAUUUUCCAUCAUGUGCAAGUGUGAUUUGCUUUGCAGAUUUUAAAAGCAGACUUCCAAUCUCGAAUACUUUAAAAGGCGAGCUCCCUUGACAAUAAACAUUGGAGGAGCUUGCUAAGAGUUUCCUGCAGAUUUCCUUAGAAGUACUUGACAUUUUGAAGUCAACUUUCAGAAUAUAUACAGGAGUGCAUUGGAAUUAAAUGUGCUAGCUUGUAUUACGAAUGGGGACAUUUGAUAAUUUUGGUACGUUGCCAGUGUACAACACAGGAGCAGGCCCUUUGGCCCACCAUUCAUGUGUUGCCCAUGAGUCCAAUCUAACUAAUUCCAAGUGCCUGUACAUGGCCUCUCUUCCCUGCCUGUACAUGUGCCUGCAUAAAUGCCACAUUGGAGCAACAUUUCAGCUUGGUUUGUACUUCAAACUGUACGCGACAGAGUGGAAAAGGUGAAGAGGAGAGUUGGUAAACUUUGGAUAGAAUGAGUGAAGAGAAACUCUUUUCAAUGGCUGAAGAUUCGCUAAGUAAUUGAUAGCAUCACCUUCGUCAUUAUGUGCUGUGUCGUAUGACAUAGGUGAUCAUGGUCUAAUGACCAUGGUUGUUCUUGGCAAAUUUUUCUACGGAAGUAAUUUGCUAUUGCUGCCUUCUGGGCAGUAGGUCACCCCAGUCAUUAUCAAUACUCUUCAGAGAUUGAAUGCCGGGCAGCAGUGGUCGUAUAACCAGGACUGGUAUGACUUGCACCAGCUGCUCAUAUGACCAUCCACCACCUGCUCCAAUGGCUUCAUGUGAUCCUGAUCGGGGGGAGCUAAGUAGGUGCUACACUUCCCCGAGAUGGCCUGAAGGCUAGUGAGGGAAGGAGUGCCUUAUGCCUCCUUUGGUAGAGAAGUAUUUCCACCCUACCACCCAAAGUUGAUAGCACUAUGAUUAAAUUACUGAACUGGUAAAUCAGAGGUCUGAGCAAGUAAUUCAGAAUCCUGAGUUCACAUAAUACCAUCGAGCUCAGGAAUAAAGGGUUAAUGUAUGAGGAAUGGUUGAUGGCUCCAGGCCUGUACUCACCAGAGUUUAGAAGAAUGAGGGGGGAUCUGUUUGAAACCUAUUGGAUAUUGAAAGGCUUAGCUGGAGUGAGUGGACAUAGAGGGGAUGUUUCCUAUUGUGGAGACUAAAGGGCACAGCCUCAGAAUAGGAGGAUGUCCCUUUAGAACAAAGAAGAGGAAUUUCUUUAGCCAGAGGAUAAUGAAUCUGUGGAAUUCUUUGAAACAAAUGGCUGGGGAGUCCAAUCAUUGGACAUUUAAAUCGGAGAUUGAUAGGUUCUUGAUUAGUAAGGGUAUCAAAGGUUAUGGAGGGAAGGCAGGAGAAUAGGGUUGAGAGGGAUAAUAAAGACUUACAGA